CUCUGGCUCAACGGCGCGCCCGGCACCGGCAAGACGACGAUAUCGUAUACCGCCGCAAAACGGUGGCAUGACCGCGGCAUCUUAGGCGCAAGCUUCUUCUGCUCCCGAUCUGGCGCCGAUUGCAGCAAGCCCUCGAUGAUCUUCACUACUAUCGCCUACCGCCUCGGACUGUUCUACGAACCUUACAAGGACCGAGUUAUGGAGAUACUCAUGAAGGAUCCCGAUCUCGUAAACUCUCAAAUCUCCCGCCAGUUUGAGGAGCUCAUAUUGCGGCCGCUGGCGCUCUUCCGCGAUAAAUUUCCUCCAUGCGUCGUAGUAAUCGAUGCUCUCGACGAGUGUCGGCAACCCCAAGUCACUUCUACAAUUCUGUCUACUCUGCUUAGACACGCAGAGGAUCUCUUGCCGCUCCGAUUCCUCGUCACCAGCCGGCCCGAACGGGAUAUUGUUACCACUUUUGACGCUCCCGGCUACUGUAAUGCAUUUGGCAAGCUACUCCUACACGCAAUCGAAUUGCGGCUUGUCACCACUGCAGACAUCAAGCGGUACUUGACGGUGUCCCUGUCAGAGAUCAGACGAUAUUUCGACUUGGCCGAGUCCUGGCCCAAAGAAGCCGAUAUCGAGAUACUCAGCAAAAUGGCCAAUGGCUUGUUUAUCUAUGCUGCGACCAUCGUCAAGUUC